CCUCCUUGUAACAUUCUCUUUCGUCCGGUCAACAGGCAGAACGAUGCCUGGCUUGUUUCUGCGGCAGUUCACUGCCCUCUUCUGGAAGAACUGGAUCAUCCUCAGCAAACAUCCAUUCCUCAACGUAGUGCGAUGCUUUAUCCUUCCGGUCGCCUAUGGUAUCUUUCUCGCUGUCGCCCAGACCUUUCUCAUGAAGCCCAAUAACUACGGCAUCGGCUCGCCCGUCCCCGUCUACAACUUCACCACUCAAUUCGACGGCUCCCUCUCCCUCAUAUGGGCAGACGCAACCUCCAGCUCGAGCUCGCCCUCCGCGAGCGACAUCAUGUCCUACAUCACACGCGACUUCAGCCCCGCCCAGCUGCGCGCCGUGCGACAGGUCGCCGACCCGUCCGACAUCCCCGCGCAGUGCCCGCAGAACUUCAACCUCUACUCGGAGUGCUACGCCGCGCUCGCGUUCAACUACCUCCCGACGUCGCCCACGGACACGAAUGCGGUGAACUACACGAUCAGCGCGGAUGGUGGGCUGGUGUAUGUGAAUGUGUAUAGCCAUACGAGCGAUUUUGAGGAGAGGAUUUUGCCGCUGCAGUGGGCGGUUGAUCAGGCUCUGAUUGAGCUGCGGUCGGGGCAGUCGGUGCUGACGCCUCUUGAGUGGCCGUAUACGCAGGAGACGAAUGAGCAGCAGGCGACCAACACCCGCCUUAGUUACAUACGCGGUUUACGAACCCUCCUUGUACUCGCAUUAUUUAUUUGCUACAUCGGUAUUUCAUACCAACUCCCCGGAGCAUUCACCGGCGAGCGUGCAAACCUCAUCACCAGCCACAUGAAAGCAAUGGGCCUCAUGGACUCUGCCCGAAUCCUAUCAUGGCACAUCUCCCUCUCCCUCGCGUACCUCCCCGCAUGGAUCAUCGUCUCCAUCAUCUGGCACUACCGCAUCUUCAGCAAAACCAACGUCGGGCUCGUCAUCGCCGUGCACCUCCUGCUCGGGCUCUCGCUCGCGUCCUACACCUUCUUCGUCGCCGCGCCGUUCGGGCGCAGCCCGCAGCUCGCCGCCGUCGUGUCCACGUUCGCCGCGAUCGUGCUCGCGAUCCUCGCGCUCGUGUUCUACACCGCGAGCACGGGCGCCGCGUUCGUGUUCACGCUCGUGUUCCCGCCUGGGUUCUAUAUUUUUGCGAUCAGGGCGAUGUGUGGAUGGGAGAACCAUCUGAUGGCGACGGAUGUGACGAGGCCGGAUCCGGAUACGGGGGUGACGCUGUUGCCGAUUCUUGUUGCUGCUAUUAUCGACAUAUUCCUGUGGCCGUGGCUCGGCGCGCUCUGGGAACGCAGGCUGUACGACGCGCGCAACCCCAAGCUCAGCCUGUGGGCGCGUCUACGGGGGCGGAAGAAGGAAGAGGCACCGCCCCACCCCGACGGUGUCGCCAUCUCGAUUCGCAACCUCAGCAAGGUCUUCCCUGCGUCGAUGUUCAAACGCGAGAAGGGGUCCGUUACUGCGGUGAGCGAUCUGUCGCUUGACAUUCCCAAGUCGGGAAUAUUUGUAUUGUUGGGUUCCAACGGCGCCGGCAAAUCCACCUCACUCUCCAUCAUCGCCAACCUCCUCGGGCGCAGCGCGGGCUCCAUCACGUUCGAAGGCGGGCGCGACGCGGCCCCGCGCGGGACACUCGGAAUUGUCCCGCAGAAGAACGUGCUCUUCCCCGAGCUCACGUGCUACCAGACCCUGCGCGUCUGGCGCGCCAUCAAGCACUCCGAUUCGCCAUCCAGCGCAUCUAUGUCUGAAACAGCAGCAGCAACAGACGAGCACGCCGACGACUACGCGCAGCUCCUCCGGGACUGCGACCUCGGGUCCAAGAUCCACGCGAACGCAUCGACGCUGAGCGGCGGGCAGAAGCGCAAGCUGCAGCUGGCCGUCGGGCUCGUCGGCGGGUCGCGCAUCGUGCUCGUGGACGAGUGCACGUCCGGCGUGGACCCGCUCUCGCGCCGGGCGCUGUGGCGCACGCUAACGAGCGUAAGGCACGAGCGCACGGUGGUGUUUACGACGCAUUUUCUGGACGAGGCGGAUUUGUUGGCGGAUAGGAUCGCGAUUCUGCAGGCGCCGGGGAGGCUUGUGGCGGAGGGGACGCCGGUUGCGCUGAAGUCGGGGUUGGGGAGGGGCUAUAGUGUGCAGGUGGCGUUUGAGAGCGCGGGUGACGCUGGAGCUGCCGAGGAGGAGAAGGGAGGGGAUGCGAGGCCGCGUGAUGUCCUCGCGCGGGUACGUGGGAUUGCGCCUGGUGCGGUGCUGUAUCAGCCGGCGCCGACGCAGGCGUCGUACCAGCUCCAGUCGAAGGACUCGAAUGUCGUCGAGGUGGUGCUCCAGAUGCUGGAGGUGGAGAAGACGCGCUACGGUAUUUCGAGCUACGACGUGCAGGGCACGACGAUUGAGGAUAUCUUCCUCGAUCUCAUGGACCAGCAGGGAAAACGCGACUCGACCAGCGAAAAGUCGCUCACCCAGUCCACGUCGGACACAGACGUCGGCUCCGUGCCUCCUACGAACGCAGCGCCCAAGGUCGAAGCCAGCGCAGCGAUGGCGCUCACCGACGGCCGCCCGCGCAGCACACUCAGCCAGGCGCUCACGAUCUUCCACAAACGCACGCUCGUCGCGCGGCGCUCGUGGCUCACCCCGCUGCUCGUCAUCCUCGUCGCCGUAUGUGGCUCGUGCAUCCCCCUCUUCUACCUCUCGGGGCAGGAGCCCUCCUGCACACUGCAAUUCAAGAACGAAACCGUCAUCCCGCUCUUCGUCCCGCUCUCCCCCCUCCGCGCGUUUGCAUUCGGCAGCGCCGCAGAGGUGCUCACCGCCCCGCCCGGAAUCGCGAGCACCCUCGGACACGCGACGGAGUUCCUGCCGGUAAGAAACAUCGCAGACAACGCGUCGUUCGUGCAGACGAUCCAAGACUCCUACAUGAACAUCACGAACGGCGGCGUGUCGAUCGACACCACGACGGGCGCGGCGCUCGUCGCGUGGGAGGCGAGCCCGCCGGGCCUGAUGGGGCCCACGAUGAUGAACCUCGCGACGAACGUGCUGUACAACCGCGCGCUGAACGCGAGCGGGGACACGGCGGGCACGCCGAGCGUUAUUAUGGCGAACUAUGCGGCGUUUCCGCCGAUUGCGGCGGGCACGCUCGUGGAUCUGAAGUGGAUCGCGUUCUUUGGGGCUGCGAUGGCUGUCUUCCCGGCCUUCUUCUCGCUCUACGUCUCGCGCGAGCGGCGCUCGGCCGUGCAGGCGAUGCAGCUGUCCAACGGGCUCUCAGACCCCAUCGGGCUGUGGCUCGGCCACUUGCUGUUCGACACGAUUUUCUCGGUUGUGCUCGCGACGGUCAUUAUUAUCAUCUUUGCGAGCGUGUCGAAUCAGUUCCACGGGCUUGGGUUCUUCUGGGUGAUUUUGGUGCUGUAUGGGAUCACGGGCGCGCUGUUUGCGUACUGCGUGUCAUUGAUGAUGACGUCGCCGCUGGCUUCGUUUGCUGCUGUUGCGGGUUACCAGAUCAUCAUGUACAUUCUCUACCUUGCCGGAUAUCUGCUGACCCUCACGUACGCGAAAACAUCAUCGGCGAACCAAAUAAUCACGAUCAUUCAUUUCACUCUUUCGAUCCUUUCCCCAGUAGCGAGCGUCAUGCGUGCUGCCUUCGUUUCCGUUAAUCUCUUUUCGCUCCUCUGCAACGGAACCACCCCCGUGACGACACACUCCCUCGGUGUCAUCAUGCGCUACGGCGGGCCCAUCCUGUAUCUUAUCAUCUACUCCUUCGUCCUCAUGGGCAUCCUCGUCUGGGUCGACUCUGGCUCGCUCGUCCCGCGGCGCUUCCUCAAGACCUCGCGACAACAAGCCCGGCUCGACGCACAGCAGGCCGCGCGCGAGGCGAACCACGCGGACGUUGCUGCUGAGGCGCGGGCCGUGGAGACGUCAGACGACUCGCUGCGGCUGCUGCAUGUGAGCAAGGAGUUCGACGGGCGCCGGGUCGUGGACGACGUGACGUUCGGUGUGGGGAGGGACACGAUCUUCGCGAUGUUGGGUCCGAACGGGGCGGGGAAGACGACGACGUUCAACAUGAUCCGCGGCGACAUUGUUCCCGACGCAGGCGACGUCCUCAUCAAAGGCGUCUCCGUCGUGAACCAUCCGCGCAGCGCGCGUCUCGCGCUCGGCGUCUGCCCGCAGUUCACAGCGAUCGACGCGCAGCUCACCGUGCGCGAGCACCUUGCCGUCUACGGCCGGCUCAAGGGCCUCGUGCGUGGGCCAGAGCUGAACGAGAACGUGAGCGCGCUGAUGCGCGCGACGGCGCUCGAGCAAUAUGCAGACCGACUUGCGAGUGAGCUGUCCGGUGGGAACCAGCGCAAGCUCGCGCUCGCGAUUGCGCUGAUCGGCAACCCGUCGGUGGUGCUGAUCGAUGAGUUCUCGACGGGCAUCGACGCGAAGAUCAAGCGCGAGAUGUGGGGCACGUUGAGGGCGGUUGCGGUUGGGAAGGCUGUUGUGAUUACUACUCACUCGAUGGAGGAGGCUUCGGCGCUUGCCAACAAGGUGGGCAUCAUCUCGAAGCAGAUCCUCGCUGUAGGCACGACAGAGAGCCUCGCGAGCCGGUACGCGACAUACCAAGUCCACUUCUCGUGCCCGACGCGGGAAGACGUCCUCCGUGCGCAGAAGCUCAUGGCGCGUAUACCCGGCGCGCGACUGGCUGACGAUGUUGCCACGCGCUUCGAGGUGCCGAUACACCAGGACCCGGCAGAGGCGCAGCAGUUAUCCUCGGAAACCCAGGAUGGACAGGAAGGUUCAGAAGCCACCGCCAGCAGAGGAUCGCUGUCGCUAGCGCAGCUGUUCCAUAUCCUGGCAGAGCAGGGCGACUUCUCCGAGUACACAGUGGAGAAGGCGACGCUGGAGAGCGUGUUCUUGAAGGUUAUCAGGGAGAACAACGUGCUAGAGGAGAACGAGGGAAGAGGGCCCGAACGGCAGCGGAGGUGGAAGUUUUGGUGACAUAUAGAGGUUUAACCUAGAUAUAAACUUAUUAUUCGCGUUGGGUUAGAUGGACUAUGUUAUCAUAUCAUGUGUAGCUUACUUUGUUGGCACCC